UUUCUUUCAAAUUAUGCUACAUUGUUAUGUCCAGAUUGUAAAUACUAUUUAUUAAUAAUCCCUGAGCAAAGCUGCAAUGGAGAUGGAGAUGGAGAUGGAAAUGAGAGCUGAGGAAGACAUAGAGAUAGGAGAAGACAUAACCCCACCACUCACUCCCCUCGCCUUCGCUCUCCACGACUCCCUUCUCUCCUCUCACUGCUCUUCCUGCUUCUCUCUCCUGCCUCCCCACCCUUUCCCUCCUCUCCACUUUACCCCCACCUUUCCUCAUAAUCCCCACCAUGUCCUCUCCUCCUCCUCCUACUGCUCCCCUCUCUGCUCCAGUUCCGAUUCUCCCCUCCACGUGUCCAGCGCCGAGCUCCACCUCCUCCACCUCCUCCAAUCCCACCCCUCCACGUACCCCCACGGCGACUCUUCCGACCUCCGUGCCGCCCUCCGCCUCCUCCACUCCCUUCCCGCCAUGGGUCCUUCCGCGCGCAUCGUCGGCCUCUUAACCAAUCACCACAAGUUCCUCCACCACGACGACCACCACAGAAUUCGCGACGGCGCCAGGGCUAUGUUCCUUGCCAGAAAGAUGCGCGACGAAGCUCCAAACGUCUGUUCCGAUAAUUCUUCUUCAGUUUCUCCAGACGACGCCGUCUUGGAGGAGGCUGCGCUGUGCCUGGUGCUAACCAACGCCGUGGAGGUGCAGGAUAAGACCGGGCGCACCCUUGGAAUUUCCGUCUACGGUCCCAGCUUCUGCUGGAUCAACCACAGCUGCUCUCCCAAUGCUUGCUACCGGUUUUUGGUGUCGCCGCCGCCGCCACCACCGUGCUCAGCUGAAAAGACGCCUCUCCGCAUUGCCCCCUUGGGCCAAGGAACACAAAUUGAGAGUGGUGUUUGUAGCAAUAAUGUAUUUAUAAAAGAAUGCGGUAGUUAUGGUCCAAGAGUGAUAGUUAGGAGCAUCAAGAGAAUCAAGAAAGGAGAGGAAGUUACAGUUACCUACACUGACUUGUUGCAGCCAAAGGCAAUGAGGCAGUCAGAGUUAUGGUCAAGGUAUUGGUUUAUCUGCUCUUGUACAAGAUGUAGUGCGUCACCCCUAACUUAUGUGGAUCAGGUUUUGGAGGAAAUAUCUGCAGCCAAUUUCAACUCUUCCAGUUUGAGUUCAGAUAUAAACUUCAAUAGAGAUAAGGCAACCCAAAGGUUGACCAAUUACAUUGAUGAUGCUAUAGAUGACUACCUGUCAAUUGGUGAUCCUGAAUCUUCUUCUGUGAGGCUUGAGCAUGUUCUUACCCAAGGUCUCUCAGAUAAGCAGUCAGAGUGCAAGGAAGAAACAUCUCAGCUGACUUACUGGUUGCACCCCUUGCACCACCUCUCUCUAAAUGCCUACACAACAUUGGCUUCAGCGUAUAAAAUCCGUGCUACUGACUUAUCAGCUUUAUAUUCCAAAAUGGAUGAUCAUCUACUGAAUGCUUUAGACUUGAGCAGGACCAGCACAGCAUACUCCUUGUUACUUGCAGGUGCAACUCACCAUCUGUUUCGCUCUGAAUCUUCCCUAAUCGUAUCUGUUGCGAAUUUCUGGUCGAGUGCAGGAGAGUCCUUGCUAACUCUUGCUAGAAGCUCAGUCUGGAGUCAGUUUGUCCAACAGGAUCUACCUGUGUCAAACCCAAGUUCUACUGGAAAGUAUAGAUGUCCAAACUGCUCAUUGGCAGAUAAAUUUGAAACCGACUCAUUUCAUGGUCAAGUUCGAUAUGCAGAUUUUGACUAUGUAUCAAAUGAGUUCGUUGAUUGUGUCACUAAUUUUACACAGAAUGUUUGGAACUUUUUGGGUCUCGGUUGCCAUUAUCUGAGAGUGGUUAAGAAUCCUAUAGAUUUCAGCUGGCUUGGUACAAUAAGAUAUUCCAGUGUAGGGGAAGAUAUUGUUCGAUCUAGUGGCACUGAAGUGGCUUCUAAGUGUGGGGCUGGGAGAAGAAUAUCUGGAAGUGAAGCAGAGGGAUACAACAACCAGACCGAAAAAAGAAUAAACUCAUUAGUAUCAGCCGCUGCCCUGGGACCAAAUGAGCAGCUCUGGGACGUGGUGGCAUCACCGUCACCGGAGGUGGUGGUGCCAUCUCCAAAAUUUUGGUUGUGUUGGUGAUGGUGGCAGUCUUCAUGUUUAGCUAGGGGAGGAUGGUAGUACAACCGGCUGGUUUGGGGGCAAUGAGAAUAAGACCUGGAAACUAUUCUCGCGCCUUGAUCCAAAAUCUCCACAAACUUCAUCCCCAUUUUGCUCUCUUAUUAAUCUCUGUAAUCUUUGUAUGUAUCUGAGUCUCUCUCCCACUCUUGAGAAAAGAAAGGCUGAGAAAGUGAAAGAAAAUGAAAGAAAAACAUACGAGAUUUGAAAUUAGUUGGGAGAGAGACUCAGAGAGAAAUUUGUGGUGUUCUCUGACGGUAGAGGCGGAUGUAGGCUUGUUUAUAUAGCUGCCUUCCUUCAUAUUUUGCCUAAUAUUUUUCUUUAGGUGCUUCGUUGGUCCUUCACAUUUUUCCUGUAAAUUCCUUUUCUGGCAAUGUAUUUGCAUAUCGAUCCCUUCAUUUCUAGUAUAUUUGACUUUAGUUAUCCAUUUAUACCACAUUUC